AUGAGGUGGCCGGAGAAUAGCGGCGGCGCCGUCGGCGGGGCGAGGCGGGGCGGGAGAGGGGGUGGAGGCAUUGGAAUUCCUGGGAGUACUUGUGUCCCCGACACACGGGCCACGGGCGGACAAGGGCGUGCGGCGAGCGCGUCCGCGCGAUCUCAUCAUCACCUCGAUAGCACUGUUCCCGCGUCCAAGGCUACUCGGGAAGUCGGGAGUUCCCCUGCCCUACGCCACGCCACCUCGCGUAUUACCAUGGCUGUUGUCGACGACCAGCGCGCCGCCACCGCGGGAAAGAACCCCGCCAUCGCUUACCGGGUCGCCUCCAUCUGCGCCAUGCUCGACGAGCACGAUGCCACCGAGACGCCCAUGAGCGCAAGCCGAGUUGCCGCCGUCUACUCCAUGAUAGCCGACGUCGCCAACGCUGCCGCGGAGGGGAGGAUGACCGGCAGGAGGAGGUGGAAGCCCUACACGGGCAUCGCCCGCCGCUACGACUACUUGGAGCUCCGCAGUCUUGGAGAUGGCGCGUCCGCCGACGUCACCAAGGCGCGCCACCACGCGACCGGCCACACCGUCGCCCUAAAGACUAUCCGCGUAGACAGCUACUCCGCCGGCGCCGUCGAGCUCCUGCGGGAGGCGUGUUUCAUGGCCGCGUGCCACGGCCACCCCUCCCUCGUCCGUCUCCAUGGACUCGCGCGCGAUCCGGAUUCCGGGGUCUACUCCCUCGCCAUGGAGUGCCUCGGGCCGUCGCUGCACCACGCCCUCCGCGACCGCGUGGCCCGCACCGGCCGGCCCUUCCCGGAGGCCAGCGUGCGCCUCAUGAUGAGGCAGCUGCUGUCGGGCGCGGCGGAGCUGCACAAGAACCUCAUCAUCCACCGCGACAUCAAGCCCGACAACAUCCUCGUGGCCGUCGACGGCGCCGUCAAGAUCGGCGACUACGGCUCGGCACUGUCGAUCGCGGGGCAGAACGACGACGACGCUUACUGGGCCGCCGGAACGAGGACGUGCUGCGCGCCGGAGAUGCUGCUGGAGAAGCCGGGCUACGACACGCUGGUCGACACGUGGUCCCUCGGCUGCGUCAUGGCGGAGCUCCUCACCGGGGAGGCGCUGUUCAAAGAGCACUGCGACUCCGACCAGCUGCACAGGAUCUACGACGUGUUUGGCGUGCCGGGCAAGAGGGAGUGGAAGCCAUACGAGUCGUCGUUCGUGGCUGACAAGGUGCCGGUGUGGCGGCGAGAGCAGGCGCAACAGCGGCGGCGAGGACGGUGGCACAGCAACCGGCUGCGCGAGCUGGUCCCUGAGAAGCUUCUGUCCAAGGAAGGGUUUGAGGUUCUUAAGGGGCUGCUCGCGUGCAAUCCCAACAAGCGCCUGGCGGCCGCCGCCGCGAUCAAACUUCCCUGGUUCGCUGACAAUGAUCAUGCUCCGGUGGAGUUGCAGGUCACCGUGGGACACUGACCGAGGGUCAUGUAACCAUACAUUUUUUAGAGCGUGGUUAAUAAUACAGCCAACAAUC